GAAAGAGUCGGGACGCCAGGAAGAGCAGCAGAGUGUGUGCGCCCCUUGAUGAAUGAAAUUAAACGGCAAACUCCGUUCAUUCAUUCAAUUUUCUGGCGAAAUUUGACAGUGUGUGCCAAGCAUUACAUGUUAGUUUGUUCUACCAGGUGUGCGCGUGCAUGUUUGUUAUUGUUGCUGAAAAUAUUUGCUUAGGGUGCGCGUGCAUACCUGACUUCAGCCGCAGUCGUGUGUAUGUGUGAGGAGCCCCUGAGAGUCAUGUCGGUGUCGGUGAUCAUUAAGUGGGGAGGUCAGGAAUACUCCAUCAGUUCUCUAUCAGAGGAGGACACGGUGCUGGACCUGAAACAGUCCAUUAAGACGUUGACUGGGGUCCUGCCAGAGAGACAGAAACUACUGGGCCUCAAGGUCAAAGGUAAACCAGCAGAGGAUGAGGUGAAGUUGGGCUCGUUGAAGCUGAAGCCUAAUACCAAGAUCAUGAUGAUGGGUACCAGAGAGGAGAGUCUGGAAGAUGUUUUAGCCCCUCCACCAGAGAAUGAUGACGUUGUCAAUGAUUUUGACAUUGAGGAGGAGGUCAUUGAAGUGGAGAACAGAGAGGAGAACCUGGCAAAAAUAGCUCGAAGAGUCAAAGAGUAUAAGGUGGAGGAACUAAAUCCUCCUAGAGAAGGCAAGAGGCUCCUGGUACUGGAUGUGGACUACACACUGUUUGAUCACAAGUCAUGUGCAGAAACCGGUCAGGAGCUGAUGAGACCCUACCUUCAUGAGUUUCUGACAUCAGCCUACGAGGACUAUGAUAUUGUCAUCUGGUCUGCUACAAGUAUGAAGUGGAUUGAUGCAAAAAUGAAGGAGCUGGGAGUGACAGACAACCCCAAUUACAAGAUCAUGUUCAUGCUGGACAGUGCAGCCAUGAUUACGGUACACACCCCAAAGAGAGGAGUUGUGGAGGUGAAGCCCUUGGGUGUGAUAUGGGGGAAGUACGGCGAGUUUUAUAAUAGGAAGAACACCAUUAUGUUUGACGACAUCGGAAGAAACUUUCUCAUGAACCCACAGAAUGGGCUUAAGAUCCGACCCUUCAUGAAGGCCCACCUUAACAGGGAGAGGGACAGGGAACUGUAUAAACUGGCUCAGUACCUCAAAGAAAUCGCCAAGCUUGACGACUUCAGCGGACUCAACCACAAACACUGGGAGAGGUACCUAUCUAAGAGGCAGCAUCACUGAAGAGGGACUAUAUCAUCAACACACGGACUUGGGAUGGAUGCAACCAAUGCAUCGUCCACUUCUCAAACACAAAACAAACACAAAGUCCUUCAUACCAAACCUCACUAAGAGUCCUACACUAACCCUGCAAUUACAGUCAAAACCUCAGGACUGAGACGGUCUUCCCAGUUUAUAUAUCUGCAUGUUCUCUGCCUUCCCUUAUUCUGCAACACUUCCCCCCCCCCCCCCCCCC